AUGGUUUUGUCAGUGGAUUUGGUGCCGAUCGAUGCAAGCAAUAUUCGUUCCGUGAAAAAACUCCAUGCAGGAAUUUUUCCAGUGCUAUAUUCGAAUAAAUUUUUUGAACAGAUUCUAAACAAUGAUCUGUGUGCCGCCAUUAUGUUCAACGAAAUGUGUGUUGGAGUGGUAUGCUGUAAAUUUGAAAUGGUUGGAUGCACAGAGACUCUUUACAUCAUGUCACUAGGAGUUCACCCUUUGUAUCGCUGCCGCGGAAUAGGUGCCGAGUUGGUCAACUUUGCCAUUUCUAAAGCGAUCAGCCAUUGCGUGUCUGUAAUUCGACUACAUGUUCAGAUAAGCAAUUUCAAUGCCAUAGACUUCUACAGUAAAAGAGGAUUUUCGAUCGUCGAAACGGCUCACAACUACUACCAUCGGUGUACGCCGGCGGAUGCCCAUGUAAUGCACAAGUUUCUAUGA